AUGAAUAAUACACAAGUAUCAUUUUCAUGGCCUGUCACUUGUAUUCAUCAUGAAUUUGUGCAUCAAGUAAUGAAACAUCCACAAAAACUAGCUGUUGAACUUGAUGAACAAUCGUUAACCUAUGCUGCACUCUUGUAUUAUGUUCAAGUCUUAUCGUUAACUCAUUUUAAUGAAUAUCAUAUUCUUUCAGGUGAAGUCAUUUGUCAAUGUGUUGGGAGAAGUUUGUCAAUGGAAAUUGGUACAAUGGUAAUCGAAAUGGCCGGUACUGUUUAUCGUCCAUUAUCACCUCGAGAUCCACAACAUCGUUUACAUGCACUUGCACAACAAACACAAUGUCGCCUGGUUCUUGAUCAUUGGUUGACAAAAUCCAGUUCAAUAAUAAAAUUGUAUCGAUUGACAUUCAUUCAACAUUGA